GUUGUCUCUUGGCUACGCAGAUAUUAUUUUCGUCUUCAUCAAUGAUUGAGUUGGAGAAGACGAACAUGAAAGGUCGUGCUUGUGGUGGUCGACGGGCAGUGAAGAUACUGGCGACAGAGGUGUGCGGCGAGCGCUCGAAGACCCUACUUGAAAAGGAGUUUCAGUUCUCUCACGUAGAACAAACACAGGAUCAGAAUGAAGACGGAGCCGAGGAUGGCCCUCUCAAGAAUGAAGCUAG